UCCCAUUACUUGUUAGUCAUUUUGAGGCAGUCUGUUGCUGGAGCCAGUCUGUUAGCCAGAAGAACCCUCAGUUUGCUGGAUUGACAUGUAAACAAAAUCCCUUGCUAACGUUAGCUAGUUCAUUGAAACAAAUGAAGUCAGGGUGAGAUCGACAUAAUGGGGAAAAGAGAUAACAGAGUGGCUUAUGUGAACCCAAUAGCUGCGGCCCGAGCGCGGGGACCGGCGCCUUCUGCAGGGCCCACCAUACAGGACUACCUGAGUAGACCUAGGCCCACAUGGGAAGAAGUGAAAGAGCAACUGGAGAAGAAGAAGAAAGGUUCAAGAGCACUGGCAGAAUUUGAAGAAAAAAUGAAUGAGAACUGGAAGAAGGAGUUGGAGAAAAACAGAGAGAAAUUACUUGGUGCAAGUGAAAGUAAGAAGGACAAGGAUAAAGAUAAAGAAAAAGAGAAGAAAUUACCUGGUGGGAGUGAAAGUAAGAAGGAUAAGGAUAAAGAAAAAGAAAAGAAACAGAAAAAACGGAAGGAGAAGAAGAAGUCCAGCAGGCAUUCCUCGUCUUCCUCCUCUUCAUCAAGCUCUGAUUCCUCUAGCAGCUCCUCUGAUUCUGAUGAUGAGGAUGAAAAGAAGAGCGUUAAAAAGAAGCGGAAAAGGAAGCAUUCCUCUGCCCGGAAAGCUUCGGAGGGCUCCCUCUCAGAGUCCGAGUCGGAUAGCAAGGAGUCUUCCAAGAAGAAAAAGAAGAAACUCAGGGAGGACCUGGAGAAAGAGAAGGAUGGCAGCCGGAAGAAGAAGAAGGCCGAGCGCUCCCACAAAGGCUCCUCUUCCGAGUCCUCCGCUGACUCGGUAAUGGAUGGAGAUGUGGAGUCAAAGAAGAAGAAGAGGAGCAGUGAGGAGAAGGAGAAAACUACAGAAAAAUCAAAGAAGAAGAGAAAAAAGAAACACAAGAAACACGGGCGGAAGAAGAAGAAGGCCUCGGGCUCUGGGUCCGAGCUGGAGAAGCGCCCGGCGGCACAGACGGCAGAGACGGGAGCGCACGCUGUUUAGGGAGGACGUUUAACAAUACUACCAAAAAAAAAACAACAGCAUCGUCAACCCCCUGCAUGACGGAAGACUUUUCCUGGCGAGCGAGAAGCUCGCCCCCUGCUCCUCAAGGGUUUUGUCAUGGGGACAUUUCACGUUUCAGUUACUUUGAACUUUGCAGUUUUUUAGAGGAAAAUUUUCAGUCCAAAUAAAGGUCAUGUUACCAAUAUGAUUGUCAA